AUGGCAAAAGCCAGUGACCCCCGUUUAGCAGAACUCACAAAAAAAAGACCGGCAUCAGCUCCAAAGCCCGGGGAAAUACUUGAUAUCCCUACGAUUAUUCUCAGCGAUAGAAAGGAAUCCACAUCGUUACUCUCUUCAUCUUUGUCAUCGUCUGUGCAUUUCGGGAUGCCCUCGUCUUCAGAAGUGGGCGUGACGGAAAAAGGGGAAUCUGCUGGACAACAAGGUCAUGGGAGUGGUUCGCACAUGGGGGUGAGGUCAUCGUCUGAUAUUGGACUUCCAGCAUCUAGCAUGCCAAACUUGGCUAUCAGGCUAGGACCCGGUGGUGAUCUGGCAAGCACAGAGAACUUCCUAGACGUCUUCUGCUCUCCCAGAACUUUCAGACGGUCUGUGGAUCUGGAUGUUAACUCCAAAGACCACACACGAGGGCAGUUUGAGUGGGUAGAUACAAUGGAGUCCUCGACUAAUUGUCUCAAAGUUCUGACUUCAUCCAGUAGGGUUGGCAGCGCCUUAUCGUUAAACAGUGAAUGCACCACAAGAAGCAUAGGGCUAUUGUCGAAUGAUUCAGACUCAGAAAAUGAUUUAUCGUUAACAGACUCUGAAAAGGUGUCUCUGAAACCUUCGCAGCUGAGGCGCUUCAUGUCGUAUUCCGAGGAUGUCGUCUCCCGAGACGUUUGUGCUCGGCCGUCGCAGUCGAUGAGCUACCUGAAAACCAUGGAUAAAACACAAGCCGGAGCUGCUAAAGGUCCAGAUGCUAUCAUCUUGGUCACUGAGACAGUUGCGGAAAAUAUUGACACAGCGGAUUCUCUGAUCCAGGAUCGGAAAUGUGAGGCGGCGAACAGAGAUAGAGUAUUAGAUGAUAGAGGAGGUGCCCCGUGUGACCCUCGUCUGCAAGAGAAGGUGAUUCGUGCUAAUAAGAAGGAGAUACCUAGAGACCGAAGCAGAGGCGGCACUGCUCGACCUAGCCACAUGCUGUCAUAUAAAUGUGAUAUCCAUGACUCCAACCGGGAUUGUCGGAUACGCCAAUGGCUGCAAGAUAUGGAUUCCCAAGAAUAG